UAAAGAACACUAAAAGAGAAGAAAAUCAAUAUAAACAAUUACAAAGUUCUAUUUUGUGUAUGGUUGUACAACUUUGGGAUUUGCCAAAAAAAUUGUUGCUACAUCAUUAGAUUUGACAAAUCUUUACAGAGGAGACUACAUAGAAAAAAAUACAAAAAAACUAUGUCCAAUCUGAUCACAGAGUAGUCAUAAAAUGUCCCAUGAAAAUCCGGUUAACAUUGUUCAUGGAAAUAUUUUGUGAAUUUUUAAGGACUCUGGCAUUUGAGAGGAUCACAAUCAAACAGAGCAUUGACAGAGAUAUAUAUAUUUUUAAAUAUAAGCCAAAACAGUGAGAUGUAAAUAUUGCAUUUGGUUUCUGUGUGUGCCAUGUCAAACCAAGUCAGGCAGUCUUCUGUACAGUGUAGAACAUUGAAAUUAAGAAAUCAAACCAUUAAACAUUUACCAAAAUAAUCAAUUAUCUUUCAUAAGGCAUGCUAUCAGAGCAUGUAUCAAAUUUGAAAGGAACUUCAAAGGCUUUCCACUUUUAAUAAUAAAACUGAUUUCAGAUUACUGUACGGUGUGUUUGCAAUCUCUGAGCAGCCUUGCUUUACAAAAUAGAGAGAAAGGAAUAUUAGUCCCUGUUUCCUAAUUAACUUUAUUGAACUGAACAGACAAUAAACGGCAUGCAUUCAAACAACAAAAUGAACGGUAUUUGGCAAUUAUACAGAGACAACUGUGGCUCAAUGGGAAAAGUGGUUGUUUUGCAAUCUAAAAUUGUGGAUUUGAUUUGAAAUUGUGUCACUAGAAAAUCCACAAUUUCUAGUGCCUUGCCUUGGUGGCAAGGCACUAGAAAAUCACUAUGCAUAUUAAGUCAUUAUACAAAGAAGCAACAAGGAAGGAAAAGGCGUAAAGAUGAAAAUACUUACAAAAAAAUUAUAUUAUUAAAACUAUAGGUGUCUACUGUUCCCAUAACCUGGUAAAAACCAGCCCCUUGUACUACACUUUGCUUCGUACUGAGGGUCGGGGCUCUUGGCUGCUGAGAAACAAAUGCUUCCUGGAGGCUGUUGAGUUUUCAAAUUUUACCCAAUUGCUAACAUUUUUCCUGACAUAUGACUAGAAGCAAUAACUUUUUUUCAAGCUGAAUUGCACAAGAAGGUAAUGGCAAGGCUGCUGUUUCCAUUAUUACCAUUCAGAAAUAAUUGGCUUCUGCAUGCUUUUUGUGUGUGCAUGCAAUUAUGGGGCUCUAUUUAUAUGUUGAGCAUAUGUGUAGGCGUGUGUCUACAUGUGUAUGCAGAAUAUCUCAACAGACCACAGACCAGUGGGAACUGGUUCUUGGCCCACCAAUAAACUGCAACAUCCAUUCACCAACUGUGCAGCGACGGAAUAGAUAGUUCAGGUGCAAAUGUUGGCCGACAGAGGCCCAAGAGCACCCCACAUGCCUGUUAACGACACCAAACAAUCCCCUUCCUGGGAUUUUAUUCUCCCCUUUUUUUGUCAUACCAUUUGUGCAUCACAUAUGGACACCACAAACCACGUCUUUUCAUAUCAGUAGAAUAAAUGUUAGGCUGCUUAAUUUAAAAUCAACAUUACGCAACAAAAAUUGCAUAUUGUUAAAGUUAAUUAAUUCAAAUAGCCUAGACAGUUCUUGGUAAAACUACAGUUCAUCAUCUAGUUGUCAAAGCAGUGUAUUUAAAAGACACUCCUUAGCUUAAUCACUGCAGUCUUAAAUAUUUGUUCUGUUUUUUAUAAUAAUUUUUUGUGCAAGCUUGCCUCUCAAUUACAGACUCGUUCAGCUUGCUCCUGUCUUUUGCAGACAUGUUUUUGUUGUAAUAAGUAAGAAGCACAGCCUAUGAUAACGUCAAACACGAGCUGUAUGUGCUCUCCUGAAGCUACGGACAAUGGGCAAUACCACACCUGCUCUUUUACUGUUUGCACAGUCUUACUGAAUAACACGAAAGCGAUUAGCUUAUAAUGAUUUAAUGAAAAGCUUUUGUGGGUCAGUUAUGUCUGCACUAGUAGUGUUCUGCCCACUGUUGUUUAGAAAUCUACUUAAAGACUCACAUCAAGCUGAACAUUUAAAGGAUGAAAGGUGCAGUCGUUACUCUAACUAUUCAGAUAAAAAGAAUUUAGACUAAAAACGAAAAGGAUGGAGAGUGCAAUCUUUCUGCUGAGUUUGCUGAUUUUUGGUAAGUAAAUUUUGGAAAUUUCAAUUUCGGAUUAAAAGAUUAAAGGAAGUCUUUCUAAACUUGCUGGAACAUGCGUCUUAUUUUAGGAUGUUCACAAGCUGAAAUCAAGUGCACAACUCGCAGAUGUCUGGCUCAAAUGUUAAUUAGAAAUCAAUAUUUAUCUUCACCUCAGUCUGAGAACUGCACCUUACUUGUUGAAGUUCCAUUAAUUGAGUACGAAACGCUGUCAGUCGACAUGAAGGAACUACAUCUAAUGAGUCGUCUACAGGUUGCAAUUGCAUGGGUGGAUCCAGAGCUGGCGUGGAACACAUCAGUAUAUCCAUUUGACAAACUCAUUUUGCCAGUAGAUAAAGUGUGGACCCCGUAUAUCUCUAUAGAAAAUGGGCAAAGCUCCAUGGAGCAUGAUUCGCCUGAUCUCGUGGUGUACAGUAAUGGUACAGUGGGGCACAAUGUGGUCAUAAUUGCAGAAGUGAAUUGUGGAAUCAAUCUGUUCAACUAUCCUUUUGCUUUUGAUGUGUGCCCCGUUGGACUUAAAUCCACCGCACCAGAUGAAUGUGGGAUAAGCAUAAAAGUUUAUCAAGUGAAGUUGGCAGAGAGUUCCCAUGGAGACUGGCAAACGGAAGAAGUGAAGCUGGGAAAAAAGCGAGAGGAUCGCAAUUUUAUUGAUGUGUCUCUAAGGAUCAGAUAUACCAACCCAUUCAUCACAUUACUCCUGCCCACUAUCUUGAUUAUGGUGGCUGAUAUAGUCAGCGGUGCUCUGCCACUGCAAGGUGGUGAGCGCAACUCGUUCAAGGUUACCUUGGUGCUCAGCUUCACCAUGUUUCUGAACAUUCUCACCACCGUGCUUCCUGGAGACAGCAAGUGCAGCCCAGUCAUCCGAAUCCAUUUCUGUGUUUGCCAAGUCCUGAUGGUGAUCAGCAUGUUGGUAUCCAUGUUCUUGACAAGGGUGUCUCAAGAUGGGCUGGCUUUUUUCACCUGCUUCAGUAAAAGGCCUGCUUCUCAAAAUGCAGAAGACAACAAAGAAAACGAGGAUGCAGAGAACAAAGGUGUCAUCAGCGUCGUUCAGCAAGGUCUUUCUGAGGACUCUAAAAUGCUCCGGAAGAUAGUCAGAUUCAUGGACGCUGUUGACACCAAACAGACAGAAAGGGAACGUCAUCAGAAACUUGCAGAUAAACUGGACAGAAUCUUUUUCUGGCUGUAUCUUAUCUGUAGCUCUGGAUAUGUUGUUGCCAUGACUUAUGUUAUGGUACAGUACACAUGUAACAUUGAUCAUUUUGAGUUUUGGAACUAAUGCAACAUAGAAGACAAUCACUAAUUGUUUUGACCUCUUAUUUAUUAUGAUAUAGCAUUCGAACCUUAUGAUAUAAUUCUUAGCUAAAAACUUAUAUACUCUUAAAUCAUGUAACUAAUCAGUUCAAGGGAGGUUUAUUUGUGUAGCUCAAUUCUCCACUACAAACAAGAAAUGCAAUAACAGAAUAAUAACAGAAUUACACGCUUCACAUCAAAAGAAGCGCUAAAAUACAAGUUCAAAUAAAUUCAUGGCUUGUCCAAAUCAAAAAUAAAUUCACUAACUGGAUUUUCCUAAGAAAAUAGUGAAGAGACUACUACAAUAAUUACUGCAUGGAUGAUUGUGUUUCACAUAUUCAAAUGUUAUUUAACUUUAACAGAUGGGCAUGUUCAUAUGUUUCAGAAGGGUCAAAUCUGAUCUCUAACCUUUCAUUUCUAGAACCAAAAACUUGCUUUUCUGCAUUAUGUUAACAGAAAAUCCUGACAUGGAUAUUGUGAACACAGUGGGUAUUUGCCUUUACACAGAAACAUCAGGGGUAAAAGAUGAGAUGUUGUGGAAAAAACAUUUCUUAGAGUUUUUCUUUUUAAUAAAAAAAAAGGCUGAUAAAUGGCUUUUCAUUGGUGUUUGCUAAAAUCUCAGAUUAGGUAUUUGCCUGUAAUUACCUUAAUUAUUUUUGAAGAAUCCAGAUUAGGAUUAGUUAAGAGAUCACUGCAGUUCAUGACUUGUACAAAAUAAUUAAUUUACUAUCUCACAUAUUUUUGAUGCAACACAGCUAAAGCCUUCUUGGAUCAAUGUAAAGGCUUUGUGGAUACAUGGUAAUUAACAGGUGUUUUGUGUUAGAAAGGUGUUUUGUGCAUAGUGGUGCAGUUGUUAGUGCUGUUGUCUUGCAGGAAGAUGGUCCUGGGAAGAAAUCCUGACUUGCACUAUGUCUGCAUGAAGUUGUAUCUUGAAUGGCCUCAUCAUGUACAUAAAUGUUACUCUCGGUGUGAAUAUUUUCAUGCAAGUUGUUUAUUAUGUGAUGCUCACACAAGAACCGGUGAACUUGUGAAGGAUGUACCACGCCUUUCGCUGACAAUCACUGCAGACAGGCACAAGAGCCCAUAUAACCUUACUAGAAUAUGUGUGUAUAGACAAUAGAUGGAGGAGUAGAUGCAUUAAUAAUUGUGUAGCCACAUCUGAGAUGUAACUAUAUAUUUCUUGUGUUAUUCUUUAUUUUCUCUCUUAAAUAAACCAAAUAUAUACUCUAUUUUUUUGAUCUAUGAGAUAUUGUGAAAAUUCACUUAAUAUACUUUUUAUAAUUCGCAGCAGAUUAAUGUGGCAUUUUAUAACAAAAGUCAUUAAAUUGAUGUCUUAAAUAUAAAUUGGACUUUUUGCAUAAACAUUAAAAGUUGUAUUCAGGUAUAUUCAGCCUAAAGUACCGGCAAUAAAACCAUAAUGUUUGUUGCCACCUUGUGGCCAAACAUUUACCUGGAGACAAAGUAGUGUUCUCGUCACUCUUGUCCUAAAUUAGGUUUUUCCAAUUAUAUUAACAGUACUUAGUUGAAAUGUUCUACAUCACAAAGAUAUCAGUACAUAUUUGGACAAUGUUUCAGAACAGAGGAGGCAAUAGAAUUUUCAUGAUCUAUUUUUAAUGCACACAACACCUUCUCAAAGAUGCUAGUAAAUGGCUACUUCAUUUUACACAUAAACAUACCAUAGUGUAAUUUAUAACAAACAAUAACAAACUUUCUGACAAAAAAAAUACAGCUCAGUCAAAGUAACAAAAAUAUCAGAUUUUUUAUAUGUGUGAACUUUCCCCAGCAUUUUAUACGCCCACAACUUUUUUUAAAAGUUGUUUAAAAAAA